CAAUUUCUCGCUUUGUUAUUGCAUAUAUUACUACGCGCUAACAGAACUCUUUAUUGAAGGAGAUACAAAUGUAACAAGGCGGAAACCUUCAAAUGCAACACCUCGAAAAUAUGUAAACAAAGAUACUAAUGGGCAGUGAACGAUUUUCCAAUGUGAUGGACUCCUCCAAUCCAUGGAGCGGUGUCGACAGUUCACUUGUUCCACUCAGAAAUGCUUUAAUGCUAGGAGAACGAACAGGACACAUCAGCAAGCGAAGUGAUUAUGAUGUUGAAAAGCUCCAGGAUGAAGUGCAAGAAAAGAUGCCAUCAUGUCGUCUUAUCAAGUUACUUAGGCAGACUACAACAGCACGGAAAGAGAUUAACAAGAUUCAUUUAGAAAUCCAACAGCGAAUGCAGGACAAGGAAACACAGGACAUUACACAUUUCAAAAGCUUAGAGGACAAGAUAAAGAUGGUCAAAGGCCUAAACUCGCACAUUGAGUCCAUCAUCGAGUGUAAAUCCCAGUUGUUAGUGAGACUGCAGCAGCCAUUUGUUGGUGACUUCAUCAAACUUGAAGCCCAGUAUCACAAAUUUGCAGCAGCACUGUUCCCACAGAUAGCCCCCUUGUUGGCAGACCUCAACACUCACCUAGAGAAUAUCUCUUGGACCAAAACUCUCACAUUUUCUGAUGGAAAACUGGAGACAAUGUUGUCUGAGCUGAACAGUGUUCUGUCCACACUGCAGACAAACUUCCAAUACCUGUGUCAGAUGCGGGGCAGCAUGGGGUCUCUGUACCAGCAUGACUCCCGGACAGUACAGCACUAAUUCAGUAUGACUCCCGGACAGUACAGCACUAAUUCAGUAUGACUCCCGGACAGUACAGCACUAACUCAGUAUGACUCCCGGACAGUACAGCACUAAUUCAGUAUGACUCCUGGACAGCACAGCACUGAUUCAGCACGACUCC